AUGUUAACGUUCGUAUCUACCGGUAUCACGAGAGGAACCCUUCUAACUUGUACUGCUAGUGUCCCGCUAACACGUUUAACCGCAUUUUUAGAAUCCAGCUGCGACCUACUAACCAAUGCAGCUGUGCAACUAAUCCCAGACGAGACUAACCAAUUACCGCAACCUAAGCCACGAAACACUAAAACACCAGAAACACCAUCACAAAUCGUUCGAGAAGAGGAGAAGCCCGUAUCUCCAGUACGAGACGAUUUACUGGACGAAGAUGUACCAGAAAGCUACUCAGACAAGAAGAAAUUUUGGGAAACGGUGUCUCAGCAGCCAGCCCAUAAGCGCAUGAGCCUACAAGAAACAACAUUAGAUAAAGAGAUAAUGCCCAGCAAGCGAAUAUCGGUGCACGAGUUCUCACCUCUGCCCGUACCAAAACCUAGAACAGCCCUUCAAUCUUCACAAAGUCUCAUAGAAGGUGAAGAAACCACAUCUAAGCUGAAAACAAUCUUGCAGACUUCAGAUAGCGUCGUGGAAUCAGACGAUCACAAGACUGUAUCAGUCAAAGACAGAGCUGUGUCAUUCGAGUCCUCUGCGAGCGAUAGCAGUGGCCUAGUACAAACAGACCUAACUAGAAUAACAGAGAGCGAUACAUCUCUGCAAGAAGAAAAAAUCAUGACAGAAUACCAGGCAUCGUUCCAAGCGCCUUCGGAAAGAACCAGCCCCAAAGAGAAACUCAGAGCGGAGUUCCAGAAAGCCGAGAGCAUCGACAACACCGGUUAUAUAUCUGACAGCGAGGACGUCGAACACUACAUUUCCGAUUCAGAAAUCGAAGAUAGGGUGCCUCAGAUCAGAGACAGAAUGAUGAGCGUUUUCAUACCCUCGGCGUCUUCAGCACGUAAAUCUCUCUAUGAAAGAUCAGCUUCUCUACCCACGGAAGAUCUUUACGAAGUAUCUGCCAGAAGCAUCAAAGCACGCAAAGACUACUACGAGGAACAGAUAAGAAAAGAGAUGAUAGAGGAACAGUUGACUAGCGAAAUAGAAGAAGAUCCUUCUCCAGAGAGGAAAAAUCUCAUGACAAGUUCUGGCGAUGAUGAGCAUACUGAUGCUGACGCCAGAAGCAUAGGAGAAGAAGUCGAUGAGAUCAGUGAAGACCCGACGAAGUCGAAUGACAUUUUCAAACCGACGAAAGGAAAAGAGCAAGAAGAAGAAUCGUCCAGAUCAGUUAGAAGUUUAGCUAGAUCUUUCGAGGAUAAGGUCACAACAGAAGUGAUAAGUGAGAUCAAAACUGAUCAAUCCUCUGACAAAUCUACGGAACACUCGAGCAAAGAAGAAGUGAAAUCCUCGGUCAAAGACUUAGCCAAAGGUUACGAAAAACAGCUAGGUAACGUUGUAGCUGGUCAACGUAUAGGUCAGAUGCCUUCAGAAAUCAAAGGUUUUGUCCUCGACAAGCAAAAAAUAGACGAGACAAAGUUCAAAGAACAAAGUCCCCAUGACAUAAUCGAUUUCAUUGAAGUUACGGACCUUAGUUCAAUGAAACAAGAUUACGAAACGCACAAACCCGAUCUUACGCACACCGUUGAACAUCAAUCUUCAAUUCUAUCAUUCACACAACCUGAAACGCACAAAGAGAUUGAGAUUGAUGAUCAACAAAAACACUUAGAGUCUCAGCGAAGCGUAUCUUCAGACAGAAGUGCUGAAACGAUAGAAACGAGGGAUGAUAGUUAUUCUACUAAACCCGAUUCUAUGGAAGUAUUGGUAGACAAAAGCGAGAUAGAAGAUUCAGAAAAGAUAGCGGACUUAGACCAGGACAUCGAGGGAAGAUCCAUUGAAUCUCUCGAUGAUGAGGUUAUCCCAGAAAUAACAGUUACACUUUCUGGAGCACAAAGGAGAAUAAGUGAGGAGAGUGAUGAAUAUGCUGAAAAAUCAAUGGAAAUUCAUGAAGAUGCUUCCAUUCCAGAGAAAACUGAAACAGAAGAAGCUGUGAAGCUACCUCAGGAAAGUUUUCAGGAUACAGUUUGGGAAGUCUCAAUAGAAUCGCCAUCUGGAGUUGAAUUUAAUGAGACUGUUGAAGAUAUAGCUCCCAAAAUACAAAAGGAAAUUAUGGAACAAUUUUUGAUUAGAGAGAAAAGUGAAGAUAUUACAGAAUCAUCCAUAACACAAAAAGAAUGCAUCACAAAAUACAAUGAUCCUGAACCAGCUACUACAAGAAAAGAAGAAUCGUCUUCGACUAACACAAAGUCACCCAAGGAAGAAAAAAAAGAUGAUAUUGUAAUGACCGAAGUAGAAGUAUCCAUCGAGAAAAUCCCAGAAGAUUCAAAAAUAUUGACUCCCGAGAAAAACGAUUCAAAAGAAGUAGACCUAUCUUUCAAACAUGAGUUCAUGCAAGUAAUGGAACAGCAAGAUGAGCUCUCAGAGCUCCUAGAAGCUAAACUGAAACAACAAUCUGUGGACACACCGUCUCAAGAACAUCUGAGUACCGAAGUCUCAGAAGAACAUCAGAGCAGCCUACUGACAGUCGAGAAAGAUGAUGAUCUCAGUAGCAGCGUCAAGGACGAAUCCGAUCUGGGCUCUGAAAUACACCAAGACCACUCAGUUUCAGACGAAUCAGAAAGAAUAAAAUCUGAGAGCCACAAUGACAUCGAAAAAAUUAUCCUAGAUAGCUUACACCAACAGAGAGUUGAUCCAGAAGAAGCCAAGAAAAUAGCGAACUCAUUGUUAGAAGAAAUCGAAGCUGAAAUUCUCAAGCGAGAGUCUCACCAAGUCGAAUUUUCUGAAAGGCCUGUCCAGCCGAUGGAAAGAGUUCGAGCUUCUGAAUUCCUGCAGAGAUUAGCUGAAUCUAAAGGCCUGGAUGAUAGAGAAGUAGAACUAGUCCAAUCGGUGCUAGCUAGACGACAGCGAGGAUUAUCUAGACUAACCAGAGGCGAUACUGCUUCUAGCAUGGAGAUAACUGAUGAGGACUUGAGAUACAGCGGGGGAGAACUUGAUUAUUCCCAUGUAUUGGAACAGCAAAUGGACCAACUAGAAGCUGAAAAAAUAAACGAUAUUCACUUGGACUACAACAGCUUCGAGGAACAAGCCAAACGGUUUCAAGAUAGAUCUGGGUUCGUAGAUAAAAUAAAUGAAGAACAUAGUGAAGAAACUGAGUCUUCAGAGGACUAUGGAAGUUACGAAAACGCACAUACCAAGUCGUUCAAGAAAGACGUUGUCAUGAGAUCCAGUGAUGCUGUGAAAGGAGAGAAAAUCAUGACCGAGGUCAGAGAAGUUCAUUUCGAUGACAAUAAACAUAUCACAGAUACUGUGACGAAUGCAGAUGACAAACUAGAAACUUUUGUUGGCACAACCGUCAAAGAAGUCACCCAUGAGAGGACUGAUGGCGAAGAAAAGAUGAAAUCGCAAGUGGGAUCUAUCAGAGCGUUGACUGACCACUUGUCUAAAACAACUACAGAAAAAACUGCUUUGAUCACUGAGGAUGUUGUUAUGGAACAUGUCAAAACCCAGGGGAAUGGUGAAGAUUCUUCGAUAAUAUCAGCUACUUUCGAAUCUGAAACGAAAACAACUGAGCUGAAUGAUGAUACAUUGAAGGAAACUAGCUCGAGACAAGAGAAAGAGUACGACGAAGUGAAUAAGAAGCAGCAAGAAAUCAACAGAAAGGAAAGCAGCAAAAUCCAAACACGAGAUGACGGCACCGAGGUUGAAACAAGAGUGUCCGUCGAUAAAACUCAUACAGUAACUAGUAAUAAGGUGACGCAUAAAGAUCGCAUUCACGAAGAAGUAAAAUCAGUUUCCAGUACAGUUAUCUACGACGGUGAAGACUUUGAAAAACUCAUUUCUCAGGCAUCACCAGAAUCCCUAUUCAUCACAACUCACGAAGUCGUCAGGAGAACUUCAAGCAGCGAGUCAAAGUCCAGUACUGAAGCCAAAUCCCCUGAGGACACAUCUUCCAGCAAGAUAGACGACAAAGUUAUACCUAAAAUGCCCGAUGUCAUCUUCAGGAGAGGCAGAUCGGAUGUCGAUACCAGCAGUAGCAGCUCAAACUUGAAACCAGACCGGAAAUCUGGAGUGGACCUCGAAGCAUAUUCGAGCUCCGGAGAAAGUCACUACCACAGCUUCGAGAUGGACAGCGGUAAAAGUAGACCUUGCUCUUCAGAUGUUGAAGGCUUAGUAGCAGCCGGGUCUUCUGAGUACGAAAGUGCGCUAACGUCACAAGAAUUUUCAGCUAGGUCUCACAUAACUUCCACGGAGUACCAAACCGCAGUGAGCAGCAUCAGCUCUAAAGGCAGCAUGAAGAGUUUGGACAGUGAGAGCUCAGGAAACUUAGCUAGUGUUGAGACAUCCGAACACUCUGAGACCCUAGUUCCAUCCUCGAGCGACCUGGAAGAUAUCCUUGAUUCUGUAGACCAACAAAUCCUUGAUGAUGUCGAACAGAGUACAGGAUGGACUAAUCACGCGCCUGCUAUACGACAGAGUACUGAAGUAAGCGACUCGGAGCUCUUAUCGUACCCAGGUGUAGGCGAAUCCUUAGACGUCUCCGAGGAAGAGUCCAUAGAUAUAAAAGCUCUAGAUGUACAGUCGAAAAUGAAAAGAUCCCAUGAGAUGACCUUCCAGCCUGAGCCAAGGGCACUCGUACCGGAUUCACCCCAAGGAGAAGAUAAACUUGGCACCAGUUUAGAUGAGGGUAGCGUUCUGAGCGUAAGUGUAUCGAGUACUUCCAGUGCUGGGGCACAAAGAACUGUCAUAGAGCUAUCUAGAGCGGAUUCCGAACGUCUAGAUGGAAGCAUGACUGUUUCCGGUACGUCCGAGCAUCUCAGCUUGGAUGACAUUGAGAACAUGCCACGAGGAAGCAGAGAGAGUCUCAUCACCACUCCAGUAGCACAAAAUUCUGAUAUUUCCACUUCAAUCGGUCACAUUCCUCCUGAUUUGCAAGUGGAAUCUGUAACACUACAAACCGCGAUCAUCCACGAAAAUGGAAUACAGAGUGUCAGUACACAGGUGACAUCAGAAAAUCAGUCUCCUGUCGAAGAGGUACCACCACUCAAGUCCGAAGAGCCCAAGAAGAAAGGCCACAGACGCACAGAUAGUUCUUUCACGAGCUCAAUGAUAAGUCCGACUACACGAGCUGAGGUCGAAAGGAAGAUACAUUCGGAUUUGGCUGAAAGCGACAAGUACACAACGAAGCUGAGCUUCAAGGAAACCAGCUAUGACGAGAAGAAAGACGUAGAUGAGAGUGAGAAGGAAGAAAGCUAUGAAACAGAAGCCGAUCAGGGUCUACAGAGAGAUUACCGUGAAGGUCGCUAUCAAGAUACUGAAUCAGAUAACGAACAGGAUAACUUGGAUGUGUCAAGACCCCAGUCUCGAUUCAGUAAAUCUGAUUCAGAACGACCGACUUCGACUGCUUUCUCAGACGAUAGACCUGAUUCAGAACUUGCAGAUCUGAUAGUCAAAUCUUCGGAUGUAACUGAGAUUACAGAUCCGAUAGAGCGACCAAUCACUCCUGAACCUUGUGAGGAACCUAAACAGGACACACCGGAUCUCCAGCCUGAAGUUCUAGCUUGCGUUGAUGAACUAGAUCAUGAAUAUACCUCAACUCUAACGCGCUUGCAUGAAGCGAACAUAAUAGAAACGACUCGGCGAUCUAUUACCAGCUUCUCGGAUAUAUACCCCACGAAAGACGUCUUGGAAAAACGUGAUUCUCAUGGAAAGUCAAGUAGCACGUCCAGUGAAAAAUCCAGCUUCGAAGAAGCCGAAGCUGAUGCUGCCUUCAACAUGGUACCUCAUAUCUCCCCAGCUCACAAGAUCAAGCAGAUCUGUCCGAUACUUGAGGAUGAGGACGCGGAAAAACAUGAACUGGAGACCAGAGAAAGAGCUCAGAAAGAAUUUGAAGAAAAAAGAGCUCAGAUUCUGAGAGACGUUAGUCCUGGGUUCGUUCCAGAUAUCAAAAUAACUCAGCAUAUGGCACCACUUGUGGAUGAUAGCUUCACAUACCCCGACUUGGAUUUGGAAGCCAAAGAAAGAGAGCCAUCAAGUACUGUUGAAACUCCUCAAACUCCCGCUUCUAACUCCAGCAAAAGUUCCGAGGAAACGGAUCAGGGCAGAGAGUAUAUCCUAGACGAAUCUGUAUCUACUAUUCCUGAAGAACCAGAAGCGGAGAAAGUGAUGACGGAGUCUAAAAGUGAGGUCGGUACUGUUAUAGAAACCACACUCAAGGAAGUUCCGGAUAGAGAAACGGACUCCCCAAGUAGCGAUUCAUUCGAAAUGCUGGAGAAACCAGAUCUCAUCGACGACUUCGUGGUGAUAGAAGAAGUAGGGAAAGAAGCUGAAGAAACAGAUGCCGAGGGAAAAAGUGUCCAUAUAGGACACACGAUUAGAAAAAAGGAGAUUCACGACCAAGAAGUCGAGCACUACCUAGCACACUCGGCACCUACACCCUUGACUAAGAUCAAAUAUUAUCCAGACGGCACCUCCUCAAGCGAAGAGCUCGGUUUCGACUUCGAAGACAGCCCUCCUCAAGCUGAUCAGAAGAACGCCGGAGUUUCCACCAAAGCAGGUAUCGCAACUUACGGUUCUGAAUACGACAAAGAGCUGGAAGCUAAUAGGAAAUGGAUUGAACAGCAAUUCCAAGGUGACCAAGCGGCCAUGAUGGCAGCAGGCUAUGGCUACGAUAUAGAUUUCGAGAGAGGACCGCUCGAAGAUAUUAAGGAAGAGGACGUGAAUGAUUUUGCCGCCUCCAGUUACGGUUCACAGAGGGAUUCUGGAGGCAGCUUGAAAGAAUCUUAUUCUAGUACUCCAGAAUACGAUGUCCUAGCUGGUAGAAAGUACUUCACCAGAUCUGGGGAGCAUGAUGAUGUUUCCAUGUCCAGCUUGCAGGAGUUCGAGAAUUUAGAGAAAGCCAUGUCUCUUGAGAUGCGCAAGUUCCAUACAGGCUCGCAAGAUUCCUCAAGCAACGGUAGCUUCAAGGCGAGGUACUUCACUAGCAAGAGUGGACAGGGUGAUGACGUCUCGGGUAGUUCGCUCAAAGAAUUCGAAGGUCUAGAGAAAGCUUGUAUCGCAGCGCACACUAUCGAGAUAAAAGUUAAAGAAGAAGAAGCUUUGCUAGCACAUAUCGAAGAAGGGCAAGAGAGUCUAGCGUCAGAGUCUGAAAGUUGUGAAACGAUGUCUGGUACUGAGAAGAAAGUUGUCACUGACACAGAUGAUGAAGAAGAUUACGAAAAAAGGAUGAUCGAAAUUGAUGAAAUUAUUAAACAAGCGCAAACUAACGUCGAGAGAUUCGUAGACCUCAAAGAAGCUGAAAAGACGGAAUCUCUGGGUAGAGGUGACUCUGUUGAGGAAGUUUCUAAGGUACCAGACCUUGACCUUGACGCUCCGCUUGUCAAAACCGCGGUGAAGGUUCAAUGGAAAGAAGGCGAUGAUGUAAUGGUCACUUCGACUGACUCCCUAGAUUUACAACAAGAAAAACCUAGCCGACACGACAGUACAGAUAGCUUGGAUCAGAAAACCGGAGGAGAUAUCAUGACGGCCAGUACAGAUUCUAUAGAAUUCCAAGUGCAGAAAUCUGCGAAAGAUGACAAUAUAAUGACUGACAGCAUUGAAAUGAGGGGGGAAGAGAAGAGCUACAUGGUAUCGAGCGAUUCUCUUGACUUGGCUUGUGCAGGAAGCUCUGGUAAUAACAUAAUGCAAAGCGAUUCCAUAGAUGAGGAUGGAUCGAGAAUAGGCAUCCAUGACAACAGUAGUUCGAGUACCGGCAAAGACUUUAGUUCUUCUGGAAAAGAAGAUGUAGAGCCCGAUCACUUGUUGAGUGACAUUAUAGAUGUGACCAGCUCAACUGCAACUCAUGCUACAUACCAAUACGACACUGAUUCCGUAUUCUCAGGGAGCUUCACUAGUGGUGGCUCUAACACCAUGGUGUCCUCGACCAAUUCAAUAGAUCAAGCUAGACAAGCUACUUCUACCGUAGAUGUAGCAGCAGCUGUGAGAAAAGUAUGGUUCGAUGAAGAAAUAAGCGGACGAACCACCACCGAUUAUAUUGACGAUUCUAAACCUUAUGUAACGGAAAUCAUUGAGCCUAGCGAGGAAGAAGGCUUUUCCCAUACUAUACACCGACGUGUAGAACUACCUCCGGAAGUUCGUAAAGUAACUUUCACUGGCACUGGCGCUGAUGAUAGGUUGCAGCAGUUCAUCCAGGAUUUCAAUGAGGGAGAAGAAACUCAAGAGACCGAGGAAGUCGAUGAAGCUGGUAACGUGCACAUCAAAAAGGUCGUUCAGAGGAGAUUCAUCGUCCGAAACGAUGGGUCCGAACAGCCGAUGUCAGGUCCGGAGAUCGAGGAGUACUUCAGGCAGCUCAACCAACCCGACAUUGUACAAGGUCAAGGGGUUAUUUCGAGGACUACUACUGAGGGACGUGGUUUCAUUACCAAGACAGUCACAGAUGGACAAGGCAGCAAGACGACUAUCACGCAGCAGUUCGACAUUCCUACUAACCAACUAACAAGAAUUGUGCCAGGUGGUGAUGAUGGUGCUACCUCCAGUACCCCUAAAGAGUCAGCUGCUCCAACAGUUAAACCUGAAGGAGAGGAAGGAGCUGAAAGAGAUGAACCAGGAAGUGAAAGGUAA